UUUCUCGCUGUCACAUUCCUGCCGCUUGAGUCAGGCCUGGAGGCGGCGGCAGCAGCGGCGGCGGGCUGCUGGCUGCACCAGGAAGCGCAGGGCCCGCACCAUGUAACCGAAGCGCAGGAAGGCGAGCGGCCGAGGGCAAGGAAGGGACGCCGGCCUGGCCAUGGGGGACGGCGGAGCCGAGGAGGAGACGGUGGAGCUGCCCCUCACCGACGCAAACUUGACAGGCCAUGAGGAGAAAGUUGGCAUGGAAAACUUUGAAUUGCUCAAGGUCUUGGGUACUGGAGGUGAGGAGAAACCUCUCUCAUGAGGGCAAGGAAGCCUAUGGGAAAGUGUUCCUGGUGCGCAAGCUCAGCGGCCACGAUGCUGGCAAACUGUACGCAAUGAAGGUGCUGCGCAAAGCGGCCAUCGUGGCCAAGGCCAAGACAACGGAGCACACGCGCACUGAACGAGCGGUGCUGGAACACGUGCGCCAGUCGCCUUUCCUGGUGACACUCCAUUAUGCCUUCCAGACUGACUCCAAACUCCACCUUAUCCUAGACUAUGUAAGUGGUGGGGAGCUGUUUACCCAUUUGUACCAGCGGGACCACUUUUCUGAGGAUGAGGUGCGCUUCUACAGCGGGGAGAUCAUUUUGGCACUUGAACACUUGCACAAGCUUGGCAUCAUCUACCGCGAUGUGAAGCUGGAGAACAUCCUCUUGGACAGCGAGGGACAUGUGGUGCUCACAGACUUUGGACUGAGCAAGGAGUUUGUGACAGAGGAUAAAGAACGGACUUUCUCCUUUUGCGGCACCAUUGAAUACAUGGCCCCAGAAAUUGUACGGAGUAAAAGCGGACAUGGCAAGUCUGUGGACUGGUGGAGUUUGGGCAUCUUAAUGUUUGAGCUGCUGACAGGUGCCUCGCCCUUCACGCUGGAGGGAGAAAAGAACUCGCAGGCUGAAGUGUCCAGGCGGAUCCUAAAAUGCAACCCUCCCUUCCCGUCACUUAUUGGCUCUGUGGCCCGUGACCUGCUCCAGAAGCUGUUGUGCAAGGACCCCAAGAAGCGCCUGGGCUCGGGGCCCACAGGAGCACAGGAGAUCAAGGAGCACCCCUUUUUCAAGGGUCUGGAUUGGACAGAGCUAGCGGCCCGUGUGGUGAAGCCCCCCUUCAAGCCCCUCAUCCGCAGUGAGCUGGAUGUGCGAAACUUUGCCGAGGAAUUCACCAGCUUGGAGCCCAUCUACUCCCCCGCCGGGACUCCACCCAGCCUCGACCGCGUCUUCCAGGGAUAUUCCUUCAUUGCUCCCUCCAUCCUUUUCAACCGCAACGCUGUGACAGCUGACGUGCUUGGUGCGGCGCUGGACGGGGAGCGCCCAGGAAGCGCUGCUGUGGCCCGCAGUGCCAUGAUGAAGGAUUCUUCGUUCUUCCAACAGUACGAGAUGGACUUGAAGGAGUCGCCCCUGGGCGAAGGCAGCUUCUCCUUGUGCCGCCGAUGCCGCCAGCGCCAAAACGGAGCUGAAUUUGCUGUCAAGAUCAUCAGUAAAAGGAUGGAAGUGAAUACGCAGCGGGAAGUGGCUGCCCUGCAAAUCUGUGAAGCUCAUCCGAACAUUGUCAAGUUGCAUGAUGUCCAUCAUGACCAGUAUCACACGUAUCUGGUGAUGGAAUUGCUCCGGGGUGGGGAACUACUUGACCGCAUCAAGAAGAAGCAACACUUCAGCGAAUCAGAAGCCAGCCAGAUCAUGCGCAGCCUCGUUUCUGCCGUCAGCUUCAUGCAUGAUGCCGGCGUGGUGCACCGUGACCUCAAGCCUGAGAACAUUCUGUACGCAGACGAGUCAGAGGGCGCCCCCGUAAAAGUGAUCGACUUCGGCUUUGCUCGACUGCGACCCCAGAACUCACAGCCCAUGCAGACGCCCUGCUUUACCUUGCAGUAUGCCGCGCCCGAGCUCUUGCAAGAUGGGGGUUACGAUGAGUCAUGUGACCUUUGGAGCCUGGGCGUUAUCUUGUACACCAUGCUAUCUGGGCAGGUCCCCUUCCACAGCAACCAGGAAGGGAGUGCAGCGAACCACGCAGCUGAGAUCAUGCGCAAGAUCAAGGAAGGGCAAUUCUCCCUGGAGGGCGAGGCCUGGAAGAACGUAUCUGAGGAAGCAAAGGAGCUGGUUAGAGGUCUCCUCACAGUGAACCCUGCCAAGCGGCUUAAGAUGUCAAGUUUGCGAUAUAGUGAGUGGCUCCAAGAUGGAAGCGCCCUCUCUUCCACGCCUCUUAUGACUCCAGACAUCCUGGAGAGCUCAGGGCCCGCCGUGCGAACUGGCGUCAAUGCUGCCUUUAUGGCCUUUAACAAGGGCAAGCGUGAAGGCUUUUUUCUGAAGAGUGUCGAAAACGCCCCCCUGGCCAAACGCCGCAAGCUCAAGAUGUCAAGUACAGGUGCCGAAGCCCGCCGCAGCAGCAGCUCUUCCUCUUCCUCCUCGGGCUCCUCUUCUGCAGCCUCUUCCCGCCCUCACAAAGCCAAGGUUCCCGUGUGUCGCCACGACCCGCCCUCGUAGCACCUCCUGGAGGAGGGGGUGCGUGCAGAAGGGCAGGAGAGGGAGUGGGUAUUUAUUGUCUGUGUUGCUGUUGGGGGAGGAAGCCUCCUCCACCCCUCAUUUCCCACCCCCAUGUGAUGUGGUAUCUUCAUUCAUGACAGGGUCUGUUCUGUUGUUAAAAACGGCAAAGGCCUGUUUGGAGGAAAACACUGUGUCUGUAAGGGAGAGCUCCUUAAGGCUCCACAGGGGAGCCCCACUUGUGUGGGGAAAACAGGGACGCUGUGGGGCAGUCCGGAGCGACACGUCCCACUUUUAAAAAUGCCAAAUCAAGAUCCAUUUCUGAUGGUGGUUCAGGGUCUGCUGCCCCAGUGCUAGGAUGUGGCCAGGAAAAGAUUUUCUGUCAGCCAAUUCAAGGCAACGUGGGGUACUGCCUCUCUGUCCUCCCAAAGGGCAAGAGGGCAGGUCCCUUUUUCCAAGCCCUGGGAAUGGAUUCAGAGAGCAAAGGGUGAGGAUGAUCAAUUAGCUAUGAAGAAUUGCCCAGCCACCCCAAAAAUUACUGGAUAGGGGAGGGGGAUGUUUUAAUAGGAAUGACAUUUUUAUAAGAAGAAGGAAGGAAGUCUGCUCAUCUUAAACCCAAAGCCAGACCUUUGGGGUGUGGGGGCUGGAUCUUUUUUCCUGUGGAAUCUCAGUAGAGUCGUACCCUUACCCCCAUGCCCUGCUCUGGUGCCUUUCUAACUUAACACAAACUGAACAGGUAAAGAUUUUCCUAGCAUGAGGAUGAAAAAGUUUGGGAAAGCUUUACCUACUUCAUUUCUGCAUCUUGGACUGUUGUUAAAGGCACAGAACUGGUCUAGAUAAGAAAAAUCCCGUCCUGAGGAGGGUGGGCAAGAAUAAGGGGUAUCACAGGAAGGAAAAAUAACCCACAUUGCUCCUCACUAUAUUUGAUAUAAGAUGUGACUCCUAGCACCUCUGUUUAAGGACGGGGAGGGCUAAGGAGCCAAACAGGAACCUUGGCAGGAAUGGGAGGAAGUCUGCCAAGAGAUGCCCCUGAAUCCUUGCCAGUGUGGGGCAAAGGAUCUUCAGUUUUCUGCCUUAUAUGUCUCAGUAGAAUCUACUGUACUGGGAGAAUCUAAGCUCAGGCACUUCAGGAAAAAAAGGGUUGAGGGGGAGGGAAUGUCAAGGGGGAGGGAGAGAGUAUAUUUUUAGAAAGAGAAAUGUCUGUAUUUUUAUUUUAAAUGCUGAAGGUGAGCAUGGGAUAGAAGUUUCUAAGACGGCACACUUGAAUUUGGAAUGGGAGAGGGAGAAUCACUCAUUCGUUACCCCAAGCAGGAGCUGCUCUGUUAAAUAAUUCCUAUUACAGACUUUUAAUUGCGUCACAAUAAGAGGUUUUACCUAAAACUGGUAUUUCGCACAUUUUUUAAAAAAUCUGGGGUUUUGGAUUUUUUAAAUGCUUCUGUACUCUACUAAACUCUCAUGGGAGCAACAGGAUUCCAGUUUCACUAACUCGGAAUCAGUCACUGAAACGCCAUACAAAGUUCACAAUAAAACUGAUUUUGCUCAUCAAAAUUUGACGUUAGGAAUUCCAUUUGCAAAGUUAAGCUAUUUUUUUAAAAAAAAUUGAGAUCUAGACUAUUGGUGACUGAAGGGGCUUUUUUGCAUCUUUUAUGACAUUUAUUCCAGUGUUAAUAUUUCAAAUCACAUUUUGCUGACAGUGUCAUAAGAAAGGCAAAAGUAUGCUUACAGUCAACCCAAAAUUGGCCUUCAAAAGAAUAUCAGGCAAACACUCUAGAAAUUCUAAUUACUAAGACAUGGUUUGGACAGAACAACCAACCGUGGUUUGUGAGUACAGGGAGUGAGUCUUGGGGGCUCCUUGGAUUUACAUGCUUCCUCCUCUCCCUUUGUGCAGGGGCAGUUAGAAUUCCAGAGUCAUGGCAAACCACAAUUUGUUCAAUUUAAACCUCAGGCUAUGGUUUGCACGCUUCCUUACAAGUCAGGAAGGAUGUAAACCAGGGUAGGCAAGAAGUCUUUUUGACACAAAAAGAUAGUCUAUCCCUGCUCUAUGUUCUUCCAUUCCCCAGGCUUGUUCACAUAUUAGCCAAACCACUGCUUGGUUAUCAACACGAAGUAUUCCUUCAGUUAGUGAUUUCAGGCCAAUUAAAAUCGAAUACAGUCCAGCUUCGCAAGAUCAGUUCUCAAACAUAAAAAAUCCUACUGCUGUAGGGGAUAGCUAUUCUUUAGCUCAUUGUCUGAAAUGUUAAAAAGGGACAUUUAGGGGUAAAUCGGUGUUGAGUGAUUUUGAGAUACUGCCCUCCCUACCUAAUGAAGGCUGAUACUUUCAUCUGUGUGCAAGACCGGAAGAGUGUGCGCAUUUAUAUUCAGGAUUAUUUAACCCAAUUUUUUUUUUAAAAGGUCUCAUGUGAAGAACAUGAACAAGCUCUGAAAGGGGCUGAGAAAGGAGAGGGGAGGGAUUGGCACUUUUAAAGGGGAGUGCAAUUAGACAUCUGAACUACCUGGAAAAUUUGAAGGGGGGGGCAGAAGGGAUGUUCUCACCUCCCCCCCCCCAAUAGAAAUGUUAGAAAUAGUUGAUCUAUUUAAUAGAUUGGUUUAAUUGACUGCCAGUGUCCACUUUAAAUGUGUAGUGGAGACAUCCUCUUGAAUUGCUUUCAAUGACAACUAUCUCCCACUGUGAGCAGCAGCAGACCGCAGUCUAACCCACUUAGCUGUUACAAUAUUUAGGUCUUCAUUACAAGAAAAACUCAUUUAGCCAGUUUCUUUAGCAUAAAAUUUCAAUUUAUUUGCUUGGGGGGUGGGGGGUGGGUGGGGAGAACAGACAUACAUAAUUUCCUCACCAAAAAUCUAGGGUCACCCGCACCCAAGAUAUAACAAGAUUAGUUUGGGAAGGUUUAAUGGAUAUGGUUCCUAGAAGAGGUGAGGGAGAUAUAUAGAUAUACUGCCAAGUUAAGGGAUGGUCAGCUAGGAGACAAAGAAUUAAGUUUUGGUUACACAGAUUGUGGAAUAAGAUCUAGUUGUGACAGAUCUCUGUUCCCUCCUGUACCGGAGGCAGUAUGCCUCUUUCUAUCAGUAGCUGGGGAGCAUGGAAAUGGGGGAAGUGAAGGAAACUCUGGACAUGUCUACACUACUCAUUUAAACUGGUGUCAAACCAGUUUCAAAAGAGGCAACUCCACCCCCAAGAAACACUAGGAUCCGACAGGGUCUCUGUCAACAAAUUCUCAGCACCCUCACCAACCCCCCCUACAUUUCCCCCUUUAGAGAUGCUACACAAGAGUUAAUCCAGUUUCAAACCAGUUUGAAUCUGUAGCAGAGAUGUUAGCCUCUUGAAGUCUUGCCAGCUGCUCCCCCUCAUUCACAAUUUUUUUUGCACUUGGCAGCUGUUUUAUUUGGGGAGCGAGGGGGACUCCCUUCCUUGGGGUAACUGGGUAUUUGUAUGUGUGUGUAUGUAAUACGUGUGCGUAUGUCUUAACUGCCAUGUCUGCCCUCUCCGUUGAAGAGAUGGUGGAGAGGUUGGGUGGAGUGUCUUCUUAAGUCUUUCUCUAAGCAGCACAAAAGGCCAAGAACCAGCCAUCAGGGGCAUCUCGUCCAUGCAACCAAACCAUGUGUAUUUUUUAUUUCAAAAUAAAAAUUGCCUCUGAAGCCAAUGUGUUUGCCUCUUCCUU